AAGACCAAAAAUAGAAAUGUCCUUAGAUUGCAGGAAUGGAAGGUUAAAGAUGACUACAAAAAAUGCAAAAAAGCCAUUAUGGUGCAGUAUUUGUUUUCCCCCCUUAAUUAAGUCCAGAUCAAAAUAAUCUUCUGGUUUGAGUUUGAAAGUUCUUGGAUUGAAAAGGGAUUUGUCUGAGGAUGGCGGCGUUUAGUGGUACGACAGACAAAUGCAAGGCUUGUGACACAACAGUUCAUUUCUUUGAGAUGAUUUCUGCUGAUGGAGUUCCUUAUCAUAAGAAUUGCUUUAGAUGCAGCAACUGCAAGACCAGGCUUUCGAUGAGCAACUAUCAUUCCUUGGAAGGAAAUUUGUUCUGCAAAGCGCACUUUGAGCAACGCAUAAAGGAGACUGGGAUUGUUCCUAGGACUGUUUUAUCUGGGAAUAAGCAAGACAUGAUGACCAAGACACCUAGCAGAGUCUCAGCCAUGUUCACUGGUACACAAGAGAAAUGUUCUGUUUGUAAGAAAACUGUUUACCCACAAGAGAAGGUGACAGUGGAGGGAGAUUUUUUCCACAAGAUAUGUUUCAGGUGUGCCCAUGGGGGGUGCAAGCUGAACCCAUCCAACUACGCAGCACUGGAUGGAAUCAUAUACUGCAAACCACACUUCUCUCAGUUAUUUAAAGAGAAGGGCAGCUAUAACACACUAAACAAAACUUCCUCUAUAAAGAGAAGUGAGAGUGCUGAUGAAGCAACAUUAGCUGCAGAAGUUGAUCAAAAGCCAGCUGAAGAAGAAAAUGCUGAAGCUGAAGCUGAAGCUGAAGCUGAACCAGAACCUGAAGCAGAAGCAGCUUAAUCCACUCAUUCUACUAGCCUCUCUACAGUCUUGGGGUGCAUUCAUUCCCCCAACUUCCAAUUUUGUUUGCAUUGUUUGUACCAACCAAAUACUUUGGUUCUUGAUUUGCAUGAAUUUUAGAAAAAUAUAUAAUAUACUCUCCUCUCUUUAUAUAAACUUUUACUGUCAAUUUGACAUU